AUGUCGCGCGGUGGAACCACCCUCUACGUGACUGGCUUCAGCCACGGCACGCGCGCCCGAGACCUCGCCUACGAAUUCGAACGAAACUCCCACGUCGAUGCCUCCGUCCGUCCUGUUUUGCCCGGCACGCGAGAGCCUUCCGAGAUUUCCGAUUCUUCAUCUCCUUCCCUCGCCCCUCCCGCCCAUCGUCCUCGUCUCCUCGUCCUCCCGUCCUCCUCCGCUGCUCCUGCCUCAGCAUAUCAAUACUAUAUGCCUCCCUCGCCCUCCGUCCCCGUCGAUGCGUCGUCAAGUCCUCGUUCGCUCGCCUCGGCCCGCGCGACCAACCCGCCGCCUGUUGUCCGCGCCGCCCUGACUCACGAGGCUACCUGCCUGGCUCUGCCAAGCCCGCCCGGCGCCCGACUCUUUGUCUCGUUGAACGAACAAAAGGAUCAAAAUCGAGAAAACAAAUACUUUAUAAAAAAAAAAAAAAAUCCCGAAUUUGCCUUCGUCGAGUAUGAGGACCGUCGCGACGCUGACGAUGCUUAUCAUGAGAUGCACAACAAGCGCAUCGGCCGCGACGACAUCCUGAAGAUCGAGUGGGCUCGCACUCCUCCUUCCGCCUCCUGGCGCUUCGACUCUGGCCGGGACCGGGAGCGUGCCCCCCGCCGCUCUUCUCCCCGCCGGGGCCGCUCUCCUUCUCCCCGCCGCAGCACCCGCGACUACUCCCCCAGAAAGGACGACCGUCGUGACCGCGACCGUGACUACGACCGCGAACGCCGCGACACUCGUGACCGUUCUCGCAGUCCUGACCGCCGUGACCGGGAUGCCAAGGACGAUCGUGAUGAGCGCGACCACCGUGAGAACGGUACCAACGGCGACGACCGAAAGGCCAUUGACAGCCCUCCCCCUGCUCACGACGACCUGGAUGUCGCUGCGGAGUGA